CGCUACUGACGCUACGUUGAAACGACAGAAGGAUCUUCGCUUCAAGCCUUCAUUACCGAGCUCCAGGGUCUGUCCACGUGCAUAUACGUCAGCUGAAAUGAGACACAAUAUUUGCAUACGUCUAGUGAUCAUGGCGUGCGUGUUGCACUUAUCAAGUCUCAUGAAUGCAGCAGCGACUGAUUUAUGCGAUGGAGACACACUUUACAAGUUUUUCAAGAUAAAAAAGACAUGGGAUUCGGCACGAGAAGAGUGUGAAUUCCUUGGAGGGCGGUUAGCGUUUAUCAACAGCGAGAGCACUCAUGAGAAAAUCAGGUCACAUCUUAAUAGUGUUGGCAAUUUAAUGAACUCGGCAGGCAAGGGAUAUUGGUUUGGGCUUAAUGAUAUCGAUAAUGAAGGAACCUACACGUUUGUUGGGACGGGAGGGAUUGAAUUGACAUACGAUGCCGGAUGGUCUAGUGAGAGAGGAAGACAGCAGCCAAAUAACAGCAUGAAAAAAGAUCCAAAUGGUCAGGAUUGUGUUCAGCUGUGGGAACAGCCACCAUCUCCACAAACGCCUAAAUGGAAUUUUGACGAUGCUUAUUGUUCUAAUAAAAAAGGAUACAUCUGUGAAAUUCAAAAUUCAGGUUGCGGUGGUGGCGGAAACCUAGGAUAACUAUCGGCUGUUAAUGAUUCAACUAGGAUUACUGUCAAAGUUGCUCACACUAAAUCACUGUUCGCGUCCAAAACGUGUAUAUAAAAUAGGUUAUUAGUGUCAAAAUUGUAAUUUUUUCAGGUGCAAAGUAUAAAAUGUGCAUUAAAACAAUAGUUAUGAUAACAGUGAUAAUGUACAGUGUACAGAAGCCGCCAAUCAUGGGGGGGGGCAUGGAUUAAUGAUGAAAAUGAAUAAAUUAUAGCAGUUACACUGUUA